UUGUGCGCACCGGGCCAAUGAACUCUCUCUGCGGCUCCUCAGUCAGAUCGCAGCGGGCUCCGGGGUGAUAUGCUGGGCUCCGGAGGCUCUGUGGACCGGGGGAGGCUCCGUCAGUUAUUGCGGGGAAGUGUGGCCGGGCUGUGCGAGCUGAAACUACUGCGGGACCGCCAGGAGGUGCGAGUACAGCGGGCGCUGCGGGGCGGAGAGGAUCUGGACCGGCAGUUGUGGGAGCUGGAGAGACAACUUGGGGAAUUGCGACUUCGAGCAGAAAACGACCAGGAAAAUGCAGAGUAUGAAGCAGAGGGUCCCGAGUCAUGUGACGUCUUCCUGGAGCGAGCCCCUCGGGGGAGCCAGGCCGAGGCUCGGAUGCAUUACGCCAGUGAACGCCCCAAGAGCGCAGGUGACCUGGUUGUGGGAUCCCAUCACACUCGCUCCUCUUCUUCUCGUCUUCUGGUGCCCCGCUCCAUGUCUGCCCCGUACCCCUCCCCCACAUCUCCUCCCCCGCCGCCUCCUGCUCGCCGCGCUGAGGGUUAUAUUCUAUCUCUGCUUCGUCGUCAGCUCCGAGCCCCAUACCUGCGUUCUGUCUCCACCGAGAGACCCCCUGCCCCCGCCCCUGUGUGUAGAAUGGCCAGCACCUCGUACACCCCCACUCACCGCGGCCCCCGUAGGAAGCACCCCCCACUCUUAAAGGGCCACAGUGUUGAAGGGUCCCCUCCAAAACCUCCCAGGAAAUGCCUUUCUGCAGAGGAACCACCGCGCAAAAGAGGGGGGCGAAGGACCCCAAGGUCCCUCUCUGAAACUAGCCUGAGGGACCCUACUCCUCGGCCAGAGGACAGCGUAGACCCCAGGGUCCCCCCAGAAGUGUGGCAGGGCUCCCGGGGGCACUUAGACGCUUGGGUGCACCCUCGCACUUACAAAGAGAGCUGGGCAAAUACUAGGGCGCACACUGAGGGCUGGGCAGACCCCCAAGGCUUUGUGCAGGAAUGGGGGGACCCUCGAGCCCAUAUCCAAGAAGGGGGCCGCUGUUACACCUUGGGAAGAGAUGGGAGGACCCCAACAGCCAGGAUCGGCCCCCCCUGCAGGAAGUGGAGGUCCACAGCUGAGAUUAGCGUAGGAGUCCCAGAGGGUGAAGCCAGAGUGGACUCGGAAGGAGAAGAGGAGGAAGAGGAGGAGGAAGAAGGGGGCUUGGUAUGGCCAAUGCAGCUUCCCCCUCGGGAUGCUGAGGGACGCCCCCAAAUGUUUAAGGUAAAAGCUUCUCAGGCACUUAAGAAAAAGAUCAUGAGGUUCCACACAGGGUCACUGAAGGUCAUGACAACCGUGUGACUGACACCCGAAUACACCCCAGGGGUUCCUCCCAACACCCUCCUACACUUAUGUCGCUGAAGAAGAGUACAGUGAUAUGUGGCUGAUAACAGGGAGCAAUAGACUGUAUUCUCCUGUCCUACAGUCAUCCUCUCCCCGGGUGAAAUGGCUGAUAACAGGGGGCAAUAGACUGUAUUCUCCUGUCCUACAGUCAUCCUCUC